CCCUGGCCGCGCGCCCCGCGCCGCCGCCGCCAGUCCGCGACCGAGCGCGACCGCGUGUGCCGUGCCGCUGCGACACUACAAUGUGCUCACUAAAGAAUCACCAUCAUAAACAAAACAAAAAUUGUGAUUCCUAAAACACAUACUCUCUCUAAACAAUCCCAGUUAUUCCUUCAAUUACUUGCAUUCUUCUAAUGAUAUUUGACACACAAAAUAAUAUCAUUACCUUAUUUUUACAAAACUGAAACAGUGAAGGCAUGCAUUAAAGGAUAGUGAAACCGGUAAUCUGUGUUGUGAAAAAGUUGUGUGGUGUGUAAUUACGGUUGUCCUAAUCCGGUUGUUAUCGAUUUUUGGACGUCACUAGUCCCGAACAGCUGUUUUGGGGAUGCGGAAGCACUUCGCUGUUCGGCGUAGUUGUUUUACUUUUAUCUCCUGAAACAAGAAUUUAGUGUCGUGUUCUAUUACGACUUCAAAAAUACUUUCAAACAUGAAAUUCAAUAAGCCGGUUCCUGUGUAAAAGGAUACUUCCGAAGAAAACUUGAGACUUCGCAAGUUUGACGAAAAUUUGUGGUUCACAGUGAUAUUACAGUGGAUUUGAUUAUCUCGUGUUUUAACAAUAUCGAGUUACAAAAUAAAAACAAAAUCAUCUGAACGAUUGCAGUUGACAGCAGUUCAUUGCACUCGUUGCAUGUGUGUUGGUUCAAAAUUCAGUGCCAAACUGUGUUUUAUGAAUUGGAUUAUUGCGGAAGACCUGGAUUGGGACCUGAUCGUAAGGUGGUGAGGUGGUUCAACACGAGAGGCGAUGCUGGGCGGGGCGGCGGGGGGCGCCCGCUCCCGCCCGCCCACUGAUCUGCAGCAAGGUGUGGCUCGGUUCCCUCUGUACUCUCUGUUCCCGACGCAGGCCGGCAACCGACCCACGAUACACAAAGUUGUUCCAGUGACGGAGAGUUUGUUCUCUACGUCGCUGUCGACGUUCGGCGUGCCGACGCCUCCCCCCAACUCCCCCUACUCGCCGCUGCAGCUGGAGUUACUCAACUGCUCGCAGCGGGUUCUUCUCACCGAUAAGGAUCACAAUAAAAUGGAAGAAGCCAAACUGGGCAAAGCUUGUCUUCCUGAUUCUUUAUGUUGUCCUGGUGACCAGCGGCAGAUGCUGGACAAUAUUGGCGUUAUGCAGCCGCUUACUAUCAAGACCGAACAAGCAAAACGGUCAUGCAACACUUGCCUCACAAAUUCUCCUAAAAAGGUAGCGAAAAUGGAUAUCAAUACUGCUCUAUUUUUCGUUAUGCAUGCCGACAGUGGGUGUAGUCGAACAAAUCCCGUUACCUGGCUGGGGGUUACGGGACAAAAUGUGCAAGUUCAGGUGAAACGGGAACCCCAGCACGUCCAAGUUUCCGAACUGGUUGCCGUCAAGCUUGAGCAAGCGUCGCCUGGUAACAAACCAGACCACCCGCCUCCGGCGAUACCGGCAUCGCUAAACAACGGUUCCAUUCCCGUCGGUAUCGCUGUCGCUCGACAACGAGUAGGCGAUGCUGGGCUCCUCGCAGCGUUGUCUCAAAAAGACAACCAACAACGCAUGCACGAUAUCGCCACGUCACUGUGUUGUUGUGCAGACGCGGCGCAGGCGGCCAUGACGGUCGGCGUGGCGAACGUGCUCUGCGACGAACGCCCCGCCCCGCUGGCGUGGCCGGCCCCGCCCACCGCCGCGCCGCCCGCGCCCCUCUGGCCGUACCCCGCUCAAAUGUCGAUGGAGAGCAUGAUGGUCGGCGGAGUAGGCGUGGGCGGCGUCGGGUCCGUGGGCGGCGGCAUGUCGGGCGGCUUCCAGCUCGUCCGAGAGCCCACCUCCGGCGCUCUGCUGCUGCUGCCCGCGCCCCCAGACCUGCCUCACGCCGUCGUCUGGGGAGGCAUGCCCUACCAGUCAGCGCCCCUGCUGCUACCCCAAGCGCCCCACCCAUCACACCAUCUACAACUCCUACCAGGAGACCUCCUCGCCAGCACGGCAACGUUACAACAUACCCACACGCAUUCUACGCGCCUGGUAACACUCGCGCCAGCGCCGCAGCCACAACCACAUCCAGCGCACACGGCGGACAAAAGAAAACCAAUCAUCCAGCCUCUCAUCACGCCACAUUUAAUAAAAAUAGAACCGGAACCACAGCAUGAGAAACCGCAACCAACUUAUGCUCCCGAACCAGUUCCGCAGCCCAUGAUCACGACGCAUCUAUAUUAUCAGCCUGAUUACUCGGAGCAGGCGUGUCGGAGUCAAGCGACGUCACCGGCCGCCCCGCCCACACCACCUCCUGAAGCUCCUGAGCUCCCGGCACACAGAGACGCGUCCAAUCAAACUGAUCACAUCGAUGAGGAGGAUGAAUCACCAAAUCAUGCCGAUGAAGAUGAAAGAGAUGUGGCGUGCGUUGGCGUUGCGCAUUACCCUGAAGAUAACAUGAUGCAUGGUCAGACGCAAUUAUUGCAGCCUCCGUCCAUGGAUAGUGCUGAAGAGUCGUCUUCCGAGGGUUUGACAAACAAUGUAGUAGGCGCCGUGGAAAAAGCAAUAGAUACAAUGGAAAGGGAUGAUGGUUUAGAUAACUCCAGUAGCAAUGCUUCCAACGAUCUAGUUAUAGACACAGCGAGGACAACGCCAGUGCAACACGCCAGGCCACCGGUAGAUGUAAGUGGCUUGGAGCUAUUGUCAAACAGUAUCGAACAGUUUGAACGCACUACGCCGGGAACCAGUAUGCCUACAUUAGAUCCAACUCCGUUGACUGUGGAUACUAGAACACCGACUAAACUAAAUAUUCUUAUAAAGACAUCACCUAAAUCCCCUCCGAGAACUGAAGCAGAACCACACAGGCGGUUUGAGUUUCCACCGACAGAUCCUACUACCAGUGAACAAGCCAAACCUUCCCUUGACGGCUUAGGCUUAUUAUGUGCCCUUGCUGAGCAGAGAUUUAUGGAGGAAGUAGUAGAGAAACCUCCUCCAAGCAUGCCCCUUUCAGCCCGUCCCUUUAUCAAGAGUGAACCUUUAUUAAGUCCCACCGAAAGAAGUCGUUCCGCUGAUUCUUCUACUAUUAAGAAAGACAGGCACAGGCACAGGGAAGGCGAUUCUAGUGGCGAGAGGAGAAAAAUAAGGAGUCGUGAUCGUGAGGAAAGGUUACGGCAUAAACUGGAAAAAAUGCGCCGACACAAACGAGAUAGAGAAAGGGACGAAGGUAGGAGUAGUGGAGGAGAACUGGAAACAAGUCUGAGGCGCGUGACGGCCUGCUCGUGCAACUCUGUGACCUGCACGCACAACACCAACGUUAGGUCAGCACAUGCUCUUGCCAGUGCCAUUGAAAAAGACAUGCGUGAGAGAUUAUUAGCACUGGAGAGGCAGUUUGAUGAGAGGAAAGCUCAAUUAAAAGCUUUAACCCCACCUUUACCGACUCUAUCAGCAUCUACGACACCAUCCACGCCGGCAUUGUCGCCUGAUUCUGACAGAGGAUCAUCAAAGAAACGUAAGGUUGGGAGACCACGUAAAGUCUCCAGUCCAGACUCUACUGAGACAAUCGUGGCAAAGAAGCCAAAAUCUAAGAGUAGUCUAGUAGGCUACCUUUUGGCCAAAGGCAAGCUCAAAGGUGGUAUUUUGUGUACGAGAGGGGAGCCUUCAAGAGAGGAUAUCAACCGGACAAGCAAAGUGCGUCCGAAGUUGAAAGCUGAACCGAUCAUGAAGGCGUGUUCUGACCCUGAAGAAGCCGAGUGGGCUCUAAACCGAUCUGCGAGCUCUUCUAUGGAGAGUCUCAAUGAAGUGCGACAAAAGAAUAGGGAGAAGGUAGAUCGUCUUGCUCGGAAGCAUUCAAGGGACGAUAUUCCUGAACUAGAAUUCGCGCUACGGCGUGCUAGUGCGUCUAGUGACAGUGAUAAAGAAAGAAGACGUGCUAAGAAGAGGCGAAAGAGUCACAAAUCUAAAGAAAGGACUGGUGAGGAGGUAAAGGAACCGCCUGCAGAGCCGGCUGCACCUCCACCGAUAUCUAAAUGCACGCUUACAGAAGACAAGUUAGACCAGUCGCCAAGAGUACUUACGGCUAUGGGAGGGCUGUUCUAUGCGGGGAAGCUCAGCGCUGUGACGGCGCCCGAUGUGUAUGCCAUCACGUUAGAUGGCGAAAGGGGUAAUAAGCCUCAUAUAUUGUCGAGAGAAGAAACUCUGAGAGACGCGAUCUUAGAAGUGAGUCCCACAUCAGUGACAGAACUGCCGUCAGGUACUAGAGUAUGUGCCUACUGGUCUCAGCAGUACAGAUGCUUGUACCCUGGGACCGUGGCAGUCUCCUCACCAGACCCUCAUGAUGACAAGUUUGUAGCCGUAGAGUUCGAUGAUGGAGAUUCUGGCAGAAUAGCCAUUGAGGAUAUUAGGUUCUUGGAACCGAAUUAUCCUGUUGUAGAAUAUGAAAAUCCGUUGUUCACGCUCGGUAAAAGAAGAAGAAAUACCAGUGUUAGUGGUGUAAGUACAGAAGAGAAAAAGGUCCCCACGGUGACCGUAAUACCACUAGCUGCCACAAGUCUAAGCACUGAAGUUAAGCCACCAGUGGUAGAACCAGUGGUCGUCAAGCCAAAAGAAGACGAAGACAGACAUAAAGACAGAAAGAAACUCAAAAAGCAUCGAAAAGACAAAAUAAAACGUCAUUCCAGUGAGGACGAUCCCAACUCUGUGGAAUACGUCAAGAAGAAGAAAAAGAAACACAAAUGUUGUGAAGAACAUUGUAAACAUAGAAGGCAUCAUAAGAAACAUCACAGGAAACACAGGAAAAGGCAUCAUUCUAGUUGCAAAGAACAUUCUAGUUCAUCUGGUGACGAUCAGCAAAGAGUUAAAUCGUCUUCCGAUUACAUUGACUCGAACAAAUCUAAUGAAGACUCAGUCGACUCUAACGACAGACUUUCCACGUUAAUCGCAGUGGAGAAGUCGCCAGAAGACAAAAUGAAGACUGUGAUAAAGAAGGCGGUUUUGUCCAAGAAGAGUCUGGUCAAGAACGCCGUGUUGGACUUUAGCAAUCUGGGCAAAGUCACACUGAAGAAAGAAGAAGAGAGUAAAGACAAUUUGAAGGAUAGUGGAAUAGGAUUAGAUGAAGAAGCAGCUACUGCAUCCACGAGUGAUGCUAAAAAGAAGGCGAAACGCCGAACAGUAUCAUCAACGUCAUCGGAAGGUGGUGGAGUAAGCAAGAUGGCGGCGUUCCUCCCGGGAGCAGCUCUGUGGCGCUGGCACGGCGCCGCCUACCGCCGCACGGCGCGGCCGCGGCAUCGCAAGCUGUUCUACCGCGCCAUACAGAGGGGGGACGAGCUACUCAAUGUAGGUGACGCGGCAGUGUUCCUGUCGACGGGACGGCCGGACCGACCGUACAUCGGGCGCAUCGUGGCGCUGUGGGAGGCGCGCGGCGCCAUGGCCGUGCGCGUCAAGUGGUUCUACCACCCCGAGGAGACUGUCGGCUGCAACGACCAGUUGCACUAUCCCGGUGGCCUCUUUGAAUCUCCACACACGGACGAGAACGACGUCCAAACGAUAUCUCACAAAUGCGAGGUGUUGCCGCUCGCGCAGUACAAGGAGCGCAUGGGAGACGACCCGGUCAAGUACAGCACGGUAUACGACAACAACGACGUAUACUACCUCGCCGGGAACUACGACCCCACGCCACAAACGCUGCGCAUGGAACCAGACAUACCGUUCGCGAACAAAACGACCUCCUAAACGGAUCUGUCAACCUAGUACUUUGACUCUGUCAUUGUGACGAGUGAAAAGGAAAAUGUUCGAAAGAAAUUGCAAGUUUAAUUUACAGAGUGCAAUAACGAUCUUGAUCGUUUUAAUAUUUUAUUUUCUCAAGUCGCAGUACAGUCACUGUAUCGUGACGCAGUAAUUUAAAAGUACACAUUUUAUCUAUCUCGGUGUUAGCGUGUUUUAAAUAGAUUUUCGCAAUAUGAAUGUGUUUCUUCCAUUAAACUGAUUGUAGCUUGGAGGUAUCAGGUCUUAAAGUACAAUGUAGAUUUUUGAGGCUCAAAUUGUGACAAUUUUUCACAUUCACCCGUCCUUAGGAGACGACUUAUAUUGACGUAAUAAAACUCGAAUUAUAUUAAAAAGUUACCCUCGUUACGUUAUAUUUAGUGGUAUCCAUUUGGAAUGUUGAAUUAUUAAGUGGUGUGUGGGCCGAGUUGCGAGGCGCGAGGAUCUGUGCGAACUGUUGGUCGAUGUGGCGCGACCGAAGGUGAUGAUAUGUGAUUUUAUUUUUUAUACGUGUAGCGCUGUAAUCUCAGUGUAUAGAUAUAUUUUCAUGUAUAUUAUUCGAUUAGAUUUUAUGUAUACGUAGUUUUCCUUGGUAUAAAUGUCUAUUAUCUUAAAAAUGCAAUACUUUUUCAGCUAGUCCCCUCUUUUAUUCAAAAUUAACCAGUGAUUUACAUUAGUCUUAUUUUGGAUAAUUUCGGAGAAAUAUACGAAAAUAAUGAUUGCUUGAGGUUCUUGGAGCUAUUUGUUAUAAUAUUAUUGUUUUUAUCAAUGAUUUUUAUAUUUUUCUUGGUUGAUAAUUUUAUGUUAAUUGAAGUAUACUUUUAUAUCGAAAUGGUGCUAGACGCUUGAUGCUACUCGUUUACGUUUCGCCGUAGUAACUUAAGAUUGUAUAUAAAUAAGUUUGGAACUAGUUGGUAUGUGUAAGUUUACGGUUCGUUCGGAAUUUUCAUUUCAUCUGCUUGUACUCCUAAAACGUUGCCAUUUUACUGUAAUAUCUACUUUUAUAUGUAUUUUUAUUUAGUACAUAACUAUAUUAUUUCGACAGGGUAUGUUUGAGCCCUGCUUUUGAUCCUUUUAUUCAUAUCUUGAAGUAUAAGGGACUGAAAAGACAGGGAUGUAGGUAGGUCGACCAAGGGUAGGACUGUAGGGUAAGUUUUGUACGGAAUGGCCAAGUUUUUAUGGAAAUGUUGCGAAUCAGCCGGUCGUUGAUAAGAUGGUUAAUAAGGUCGAUGAAUUGUUAUACUUAGAAGCUCAAACAUCAGAGGAAUGGUGGUUAAAGGAGAAUGUGGCCAAAUGUUAUGAGGAAAGUUGGCAGUUAAUUGUAAUUAUGAACUCUCCAAUUUAUUUGAAAUAAAAUCACAAUGUAAUAUUAUUUGGCGUGCGUCGUACUUUUUUAACGAAUAAAUAGUUUUAGAUGUAGUUUUGUUGUAAGAUUUAAGUUAAUUUUCAAUAUAAUUUUGCAUACUGACAAAAAAGAAUAUUGGUGACAAAAUUGAGACAAAUAUAUUAGAGAAACAAAAGUGCGAAUUUCGGUAACAAUAUUGAAAAAAUGUGGUAUUUUUAUAUUAAACGUAAAGUAACAUUUUUAUUUUUAAAGUAUGUGAAGCGAAGUUAUUAUUACAAUAAGUACAAACUUGUUGAUGAAAGAUAUUUGGCUCGGCCCAGUGUACGUAUACUAACACAAACAAUUUAAUUCGUCAAAUGUUAAAACAGUGUAUAAAAAGCAAUAACUGGACGAUAUAAUACUGCGUGCUUAAGACUGUUUUAAAUUUUAUGAAUUAAUACUAUUCAAUCUUAGCGUCUAAUAGAAUGGGGAAAGCCAUAAAAAUAUUAGAAUUAAAGAUUAAUAAUAUAUCAGCAUUGAUAAUAUAAAGAUUAUAAAUACGCUUAAAUAAAAUAUUUUUGGCUGAA